CUGCUGCGCCUGCGCAGUUGAGGAAGAAGGGAGGGAGGUAGGAAGGAGUAGGAGGAGCCGCGCAUAAAUGGCGCCCAAGCAAGACCCGAAGCCCAAAUUCCAGGAGGGUGAACGGGUGCUGUGUUUCCAUGGACCUCUUCUUUACGAAGCUAAGUGUGUAAAGGUUGCCAUCAAAGACAAACAGGUGAAAUACUUCAUACAUUACAGUGGCUGGAAUAAGAAGUUCUUUGGAACAGCCUCUGCCUGUGAUCCAUCCCGACUAUCAAAAACGGAGAGCCAGAAGCAGCUUAACUCCAGUUGCCCCAUGCUCUGGCAAACCUCCAAGCUAAGUCUCAUGUGCUGGGAUGAAUGGGUUCCGGAAAGCAGAGUGCUCAAAUACGUCGACACCAAUCUGCAGAAGCAGAAAGAACUUCAAAAGGCCAAUCAGGAGCAGUAUGCAGAAGGAAAGAUGAGAGGGGCUGCUCCAGGCAAGAAAACGUCCGGUCUCCAGCAGAAAAACGUUGAAGUAUUUUUCAGACGAGAUGGAGUGCAUACCGUUUGCGGUUUGGAGACCCCUGCAAUAUCGACGCGGAAGACCAAAAAGAACAAACAGAAAACUCCUGGAACUGGUGAAGGAAGCAGCACCAAUGAAAACCCUCAGCCUCCCAGGAAGAAAAGGGCUCGGGUUGAUCCCACUGUUGAAAGUGAGGAAACAUUUAUGAACAGGGUUGAAGUAAAAGUAAAAAUACCAGAAGAGCUGAAACCCUGGCUGGUAGAUGACUGGGACUUGAUCACCCGGCAAAAGCAGCUCUUCUACCUUCCUGCCAAGAAGAAUGUAGACUCCAUUUUAGAGGACUACGCAAACUACAAGAAGUCGCGAGGCAACACCGAUAACAAAGAAUAUGCUGUGAAUGAAGUAGUGGCAGGCAUCAAGGAGUACUUUAACGUCAUGCUUGGCACUCAACUGCUGUAUAAAUUUGAGAGGCCACAGUAUGCAGAAAUCUUAGCGGACCAUCCUGAUGCGCCAAUGUCACAAGUCUACGGCGCUCCCCAUCUCCUGCGGUUAUUUGUCCGGAUUGGAGCAAUGCUGGCUUACACACCUCUUGAUGAGAAGAGUUUGGCCUUGCUGUUAAACUACUUACACGAUUUCCUAAAGUAUCUCGCCAAGAACUCUUCUGCCUUGUUCAGCGCAAGUGACUAUGAGGUUGCGCCUCCAGAGUAUCACCGGAAGGCAGUGUAAGCUUCUCACUAACUGUGGGUGGGAAGGGGGUUGUGAGUGUGUGCACAUCACUGGAAGGGAUCCCUGAUUCUCUGUGGCCGUCCUGCCCAGCUCCAUGUUUCUCCAUGGUCUCCCCCUCGCCACGUGUCUCUGUCCGCACAAUUGAUGUGAGUGUCAGUGAAUAGCGUCCGUGGCUUCAGAUGGAACUGAUGCCACCCAAAACCGCAAGGGUUUUUUUCUUCAGUUUUGAAACAGAUCUCUUACAAAGAAGAGUGACUUGUCUUCUGGAGUGCAUCGUUGUGUCAGUUUGGUUUUUGGAACGUUGCUGGGAAUAUAAUGGACACUUCACAGCCUUGUGCUCCUGCAUGCUUCUCGGUCCAUUAUUCUUGAACACCAAGCCCUACUUGGCUGAUGGACAUUGAGUGAUGUGCCAUCUUCUCUCACUCUCUCCCUCCUGCCCCAAACAAACUCUUGAUGAGGAAAGGGAGGACCAAACACAGAUGUGCAGUUACAUCUUUGUGGAGGAGGAGUGUGUGUAUGUGGGGGGGGGUGUUCACGCAACUUUUUUUUGGUGUUGGAGAGGGUAAAGUGUGUGUGUGUCCUAAGUCUAUGUUCUUUGCCUGCAUAGUUUAAGAAUUGUGGAGUUACUUCGUCUGUUGGGUUCAAAUGCACCUUCUUAACGUAGGAUAAAAGGACCAUUGUUCCCUUGGGUUGCCUGAAACCCUGCUCUUUGAAGGGUCCCCCAAUAAACUUUUAUAUUGCAACUGCUAAA